AAGACGUCGGAUAAAUAAGGAUCCCAGUAAACAGAACGUAAUUGCCUAUUUCUGUAGCGUUGACGCUUCUGCGUCGCGCGUUGGUUAUUUGCAUUUGACGGAAAAGCGCUUAGGGAUAUUUGCAGUCUGACGGGCACGUCGCUCCAACGAACGUUUAUCGUCGUUAUUAAAAGGAAUUGGAGAAUUUACUUGUUUAGAAAUUCGUCGACGCUGCUCAACAGUUUGCGUGUGAAAGAAAUUUAUUUAGGCGUACGCGAUCAUCCGUGAAAGAUGACAAUGAUCUAUCGAAUGGGUCGAUCGAAGCGACAGAAAUUUAAUUUAAGUAUCGAGGAUUGUCGAGUUGUCGUCGUUCCUGGAACUAUGAUAAUGUAUAGGGUAAUUUGAACGGAAGAAUAUUUUGCUAUAGAACCGUGUAAUCCUAUCUAAAAUUCUAAUCUACGUUCCAGACGAUUCUGAAAAUAGUGAUAGCUGGUUUGCAAAUACCAAUAUCUAAUUGUCAGGCUUCGAUACAGUUUGCAGGGAACGUAGUUUCGUGAGACUAUCGAGACGUCGAGACUAAUCUCGUUUGGAACGAGAUUGUGUGUGUACUUUACGGAAAACCGUGUUUCACGGAAUUUUCAUAAACAGUGCAAGAACUUUGCGGAACUUCGACGUUCUCCUUCCGGCGACAGCAACGGCGGAAUACUGCAACGCGGUUGUUAUACACGUAUCGAAUUUCUAGCAACGAUCAUGAUGCAAACGCAAUAAACUUCGACAUAGAACGGAACAACGGGCGAAUCAACGCGCGAGAAUGGAGACACCAGAUGUUCGAGGAAAAGUGACGCGGAGAUUAGUAUUCAUGAUGAAUCUUCUUCGCUAUGAGUGGAACGUAAGCGGAUAAUGGCACAAGAACGGCGAAUACUACGUCGAUAUGUGGACAGUCGAACGUCGUCUUCGCGAGAGAUAAAGGUUCGUUCAAGGUGCUGUUGAAUUCUUACACGUUGUUUCAGUGAAACAGCGAACAACGUUUCAUCGUGUUAGCUACGAUCUGCUGACGGAAUUGGACGAUAGGAUAUCACCGAUCGAUAGAACAUCUAGAGGAAACUGCGGUGUAUCAAAUUCGGGAUGCACUUUGCGUCCAACCACUCUCUAGUCACGAGGAUUUUCAUUAAAAUUUGUACAAUUCAUUCACGAAGGCAGGCAAACAUAUAAUAUCCGGAAUACCGAAAUAUCACUGAAAACCGAUUAAUUGGAAGAAAGUAAUAAAACGUGAAAUGUACCUAUAUGGAAAUUUCAUGCGAUCGAGUUUCAAAUGUCAAGAGUAGGGCGCAAAGGAAAAGUACAUGUACGAUCGGUCAAAGCUUUGAGCGAACGUAACCGAUUGCAAGGAUUUUUUUUUCCUAACGACGAACUAUUUUCGUAUAAAAUAAAAAGCAUAAUUUGAAAUAUAGUUAAAAAGCCGGUCUGAUGUAAUCCAGUAGAGAUGAAACGCAUACCAUUUAUGUUUAAUUCAUCGUCAUUUGAAUAACAGAUGCAGCGCAGGCCGCACGUGGUGUCCUAUAAUCGUUUAGCAUUUUAAUAGAUACGCCGAUUUCAGCAUGGAGACAAUUGGAAAGCGUGGAUGGGACGUGAAAAAGAUGGAUGCUGUGUUCGUUGUCGACGCUGACGUAUCGACGCGCCGUCAAUUUCAAUAGGUACCGAUUCAACGUGAGCAUUUUCGAUCAGGAACAAGAGGGGCUGAAAUUUCAGAACAGAAUAAAUCCAGAUUCGACCUACGUUUACUCCAGAGAAUAUGGAAGCCUGGGCGGAAUUCUCCUGGGGGUACUGGCGAAAAAACUGAACUUCACGGUGAACGUGAUCGAACCGAAUACGAACGGCAGACACGGCCAUCGGAUGGAGAACGACACGUUCAGCGAAACUGUAGGAAUUUCUACCACAUUUUCCGCCGUUUCGGGUGACGUGGCGAACCGCAGGGUGGUUGCCUCGUUCUUCGUCUAAAAGUAUGUAGACAACAUGAGCAACAUAGUUUACCAAUAGGACAGACUUCGACCGGGUUUGCGCGAUCGCUCCCAAAGCAACCAACGUACCAAAGGAUCUGAGAAUGUUCUACAUCUUCUACAACUCGUCUGUGUGGCUGUGCAGGAUGCUGUCGUAUAUGGUAGAGUUUUGACAUGGAACUACGUGUAAGUACCUUGGCCCAAGUUUCGCCUCCUUCAAAUUGUCAUACUCGUUGAUGAAACGUUAUCAGACGCCUUUCCUUCAAAUUUCUCCUCUUCCUAUUUGUCAGUUUGAUUCUUCUGGCUGUGGAAUUUAUGUCACUUCUUGUUACGAGUGGAAUUACUUUCCUCGAGAGAUUCGUUUCUUAAUUGCUAUUAGCGAACAGCAUUGGUAAAUUAUCUUAACAAAGCUUCGUAUUCUCAGAAUCCUCGUAUUCUACGAAAGAAGGAACGCAAAAGAUUCGGCAAAAACUUUCAGGUACUCUGGAACUACGUUAUGCGAUUUAUCAAUGUUUUUGUCAGGUUUAUCAUCUAGAAGAUAGAUAAAAAGAAGCUCUAGAAGAGGACGAAUUCCGUUAAGACGAUGGAAACUCCGCGAUAUCACGAGAAAUAUACCUUUAUCUGGAAAAGAUUGACGAUCAAUGGAGCGCUGUAUCUUUUAUAUUGCAACUGAUCAUCCAAUUUUAUUACCUUCCACUGCUACUGGAAGAUACCUUUCGCCAGACAUACUUUACCGUGAUAUAACGCUAAUGAGAAUGUUCGAUGGCAUCCUAUACGAGUGUUUGAUAACAGAUAUGUUCUAUAGCGAAAUUAACGAUUUAUUAACAGAACUGGAUUGAGACUCGUCUGGAUUGCCAAUAGAAUUUCUUUUAUACGAUACAGUGGACUUAUUUGGUUGCGGUGAUGAUCGUGAGCUUGAAUCCAAUAUUAAAAAGAUUACAAAAGAACAUGGUACGUAUUUCCAACGUUAUUAGAAUAUCUUCCUUUGGUAAACGAAUCUUUGGAAACGAAAACUGGAGCUCGUAUGCUGCACCGCGUCUUACAACAUCCAGGUAUACUCUUUUUAUAUGUUCACCGUGACUCGUAUUCUUAAAAUUAAAGUUUCCCGAAUUAUCGUCUACGUUUUCUACAUUUCAGCCAAGUUCCAUGUAGCUCGCCUUCUAUCGGGCAAUUUGUUUCAUCGCGCAAUGAUCAAUAUCAUGAUCGGUGGAUUCAAUCACCCAGACCUUGCAACGUUAUGGAGGACACACCCUGUAUUAGAUAGCAUCUUGAGGAUGAAGAUGAACUUUUAAAAUAUCGACGAGAAGCAAACUAUCGCGGUGUUUCGGUUGAACACGGCUUGAAGAUCGGUUUCUUCAUCACAGGGUUAUCCAUCGUCAUCUUUUUUUAACGAAAAUGGAUGAUUCGAAUUAUGGUAGAAAAAAAUGAAGAAAAAGUUCUAUUAUUAAAUAAUUUUCACGCUACUCACCUGAAUAACCACAUGACGUGCCUCGUUUAUACUUUAAAUUGAACAUAUUGUUUAGUUUGAUUUACUUGUAGUUGAAAGGAAUAAGAGGAUAAUGAGAGAAUUUUGUAACAAUUUGCGUAGCAUUAAUUAAAAUGGCAAUUCAGAUAAAAAUAGGUAAACGGAUGUUCCCAUUGAAAAUUUUCCACUGGAGCAAUUCGUUUCUUUUGCCAUGAAAACCAUCGAAUGGACCUAUAUGAUCAAUCUAGAAAUUGCAGAACGAUACGAUAUGAGAUAUCGUAGAUAUCGUACGACCUCGAAAGUACGACCAAUUUGGCAGAUCUCACGCAACCCCGUUGAACAAUCAAUUUAAACAAUUUUUUGUGUCGCACCAGCGCCGUUGCUCGUUAUAUUACGUUUUUCACGCGAUAAUUAAACGUCACUUCUGUUUUAUAAACGGCACGCGUUAUAAUAGCACGCGUGUUCCAAAAAAUUGGCGAAAUAACAAGUUUUAUCGUAGAAAAUAGCAAAACGAAAUUGAACUGGUAAAGAUGAAACAACUGGGAACAAUAAUAAAAAAUUCAACGAUACUUUCACUCGUUGGAACUAAUGCCUCUUGUUCUUUUCAUCCUUCGUCGCAAUUAUAGAAAUUAAACAUCGCGUUAUAUAGAUCGAUUAUAUCGAGCUUUAAGCAGGUUCGUAUGUUUAGAAAUUUAUUUGAACCUUUAAAUAUCGCAGCGAAUAUCAUUUAGCUAAAAUUGUACCAAAGCCGCUACCAAAUUUUUACGAUUCAAGUUACCAUUGUUAUAUCUGGAACUUAAUUUAAUAUCAGUAUAAUAUCAAUUACUACAGGGGAAGGUUGUCUUACAUCGUUUACAAGAUACCAAACUUGAAGAAUCAACGAAUUACACGAGCAAAUUACGACACUUCUCGCCGUUGCGUCGCAUCACGUCGGUGGUAUUCGAAUGACCGAUUCUGGCGGAAUCAUCGAAAAAAUUCCGAGUCAACAAGCUAAUAUUUCAUGCGCGAUGUUAUGGAGACACGGGAGCAGUAGAUCACAGUCUUUCAAGAUUUCCAGUCAUCUCUAUCCCUCUGUAUACGUGAAUUAGUCAGCGAGACCCGAAGGAAAUGGUGGUUUAUUUUAGGCAUAUCUGAAAAUACGCGCACACGUCCCAUCGUAGAGACUCAGUUGCUUGUCGUUGCCUCGCAAUAGGAUCAUGGCUCUAAAACGGAGUCUACUUUCAAUUACAGUGAUAACGAUUUCCAUCGGUGUAUCGCCGAUCUUCACGUGGAACCCCGAUAUUCACCGCUACGAGAGCUACGAUCUCGAAAAAGGUCCGGUCUUCUACGAAGCCUAUUAUCCAGACACCAACGAGGAACCUCGCAGCAACUAUCAACAAAAACGUUAUUUCGAUCAAGGAGCCGUUUUGGAGAAAACCUAUCAAGUACCUUCUGAACGUCUCACGUAUCCGGCAAACAAUAUUCAAGUGGAUAAUUAUGAAAACAGAGCCAACACCAUCCUCCAAAACGACGAUCGUUUCUUUCUUGAAACGAACACGCAACCUCUGGACGUAAAAGAAAUCUCGAAGCUGGCUAGAAGAGCGAUUUCCCGGGAUUUGGAAAACUGGAACACUCUUGAGGAUUAUUUGGAUCGCGCCAAAUACCAAGAUCUCGUGUUUCGUCGUCGAAUCGUCGUGCCUGACGGCCUCGUGCCGAACUUGCCAGAUUCUUUGAAGGAACAACGUGACUUGAGAAGAGAUCUGUACGAAGAAAUUCGAGAAGAACCUUUAGCCUUGCCCAGUCGCAUCGAAUCAACCGAAGAUCAAAGAGAUUCGAUCAGAAGAUUGGCCGCUCGUGAUCUUGCUGACAGAGAUUCUUUGGGAUCGCUGAAAUCGAUUCGAUACGAGGAUCAACCGACGCGAGAACAGAAAGUGAUACAGGCAGUGAGAACGAGUCAGAUAAAUGUGCCAUUAACGAAUCCAUCGGAUUCGAGAUCGAUUACAAAUGCUUAUCCAACGGAGAACAUCUUUGCACCGCGACCUCAGGUGAUCAAUUACAUUUUUUCCAGGAAACCGGAAAUAACUACGGAGAAUAAGGUUCGAAACUUGCCUGAAACGAAGGAAACUAGCGAACUUAUGCCCAGGAAUUACGGAGAUAAUCUGAUUCAGGAUGAAAUGAAAAAAACAACAGAGGAUAAAGAUGUAAAAGUGACGUCCAUCGAAGUUAGCGAAGUACCUAGACAUAAAACUCGUCACCAUCACGGGGAAUGGCCAAGGCGCGACUAUUCUCGCCGUCAUCAGUCCUAAAAUUUAUCAUUUUCACGUAUAUUUUACUCUAAAGAAAGAUAGAAUUGAUUGAUCGUUGAUUUCGAGAUAAAUUUUAAAGGGAGUUCAAAAGGAACAAUAUUUUGUUUUCAGUAUCGCAUACGGUUGAAAUAUUUAUUCGAUAUAUUAUGAUACAACAAUGAUACAAUUUUCUUUAACAAUGCAUAGAUAUUUCGCUACGCCUUGUUCAUUCAAACGUCGCUUUAUCGUUAUAUUUAUGUAACCAUACACACGUACUAACAAGUAAGCGAUAACACCCCGUAUAUAGGAAAAUAUGUAAUUUCUUCCGCGCUCGUGGAAGCAACAACAUGCUGAUAUUCGAUAAAUAAAAUGUUUCAUAUUCAUAUCUUGUACCAUGUACAAAUGUGACGUGUAAGAAACAGAUAAACGACAGUAAUUGUAAGAAUUUCGAAAAUUUCGUUGAUUUUUAUCUAACAUAAAAAUAUAUUUAUUUCGAAUAUAAUUUUUCGAAAAUAUUUGCAAAUAAAUAAAACGUGUGAAAUAUGUCUAUUCGAUGAUGAAUGCUCUUAAAGGGAUGUUUGUGUAAUGCCUUUCCCUUCUGAUAAAUCGGCAAUACGAUACAUUCAAGUGUAAUUGAAUUUAUGAAUGAAUCUCGAUUUGUGCAGUGAGUAUACGAUGUUUGACAAGGACAAAACCACAAGUACUUUAUAAGUAAUCUACACUAUUGGAACACAACUUCGUCUGGUGAAUAGUCUCAGUUAGCUACAUCUAAAACAUUAUAGUUAAUUCUUCAGUUUUCUUUUUAGAUAUCUA